AUGUGCUUCUGGUGCAGUGAGCAGAUCAGCAAACAGCAAUCUCAAAUUGAUCGUCUGUAUGUGAGCCUGAAGGACCUUGCUGAGGAGCGGAAAGGCAAGCUGGAGCAAUAUUAUUGGCUGUUCCAGUUAAACCGAGAGGUUGAUGAACUGGAGCAGUGGAUCGCAGAGCGAGAGGUAAUAGCAGGAUCACCGGAACUUGGACAAGACUUCGAACAUGUCACCCUGCUGCUGGAGAAGUUCACCGAGUUUGCCCACGAGACUGGGGUGAUUGGGCAGGAGCGGGUGAACGCAGUCAACCAGAUGAUCGAUGAGCUGAUUGACUACGGCCACAUGGACGCAGCCACCAUUGCAGAGUGGAAGGAUGGUGUCAGCGAGGCCUGGGCAGAAUUGUUGGAACUGAUCGAGACCCGAGCCCAGAUGCUGUCAGCCUCACAGGAGCUGCACAAGUUCUUCAGCGACUGCAAGGAGGUGGCCGGGCACAUCGAGGAGAAACACAAACAGCUUCCGGAAGUUUCCAUCGGAGAUUCCAGCAGCACCUUCACUCUGCAGAGGAUGCUGAGUUCAUUUGAGCAUGACAUUCAGGUUCUGGUCACACAGGUGAGACAGCUACAAGAAAACGCUGCCCAGUUGCGGACGGUGUACGCUGGUGAGAAUGCAGAAGCCAUCCUUGUCCAGGAGCAGGGUGUCAUGCAGGCUUGGAAGGAGCUAUUGAGCAGCUGUGACCAGCGGAGGCUUCAGCUUACCACGACCAGCGACAAAAUCCGCUUCUUCAGCAUGGUCCGUGACCUGGUCAGCUGGAUGGACAGUAUCAUCUGUCAGAUCGGGACGGGAGAGAAACCUCGGGACGUUUCCUCAGUGGAGGUGCUGAUGAAUUACCACCAAGGUCUCCGAGGGGAGAUUGAAGCCAGGCACAAGAAGCUCUCAGCUUGUAUUGAACUGGGCAAAACAUUGCUCACCAGUACCAACCAGACUUCCGAUGAGAUUAAGGAGAAACUGGAUAAGGUUUUGAAGAAGCAACAUGAAAUGAUGGAAAAAUGGGAGCAACAUUGGGAGUGGCUACAACAGAUGCUGGAGGUGCACCAGUUUGCACAAGAGGCAGUGGUGGCGGAAUCAUGGCUGAGUGCCCAGGAGCACCUGGUCAGCAGUAACCAGCUGGGGAACAGUGUGGACGAGGUGGAACAGCUGAUCAAGCGGCACGAGGCUUUCCGCAAGGCGGCAGCAGUCUGGGAGGAGAGGUUCAGCUCGUUGAGGAGGCUCACCACGCUGGAGCGAAUGGAGAACAAGGUGGCCCUCCAGGGGCAGAUGCCACAGCGGCAGCCUGCCACUCCUAUCCUGAGUCGCAGAAUGCUACCAGAGCCGAGGGUUGUUCUGCCCGAACAGUCAGUGGCAGUGCCAGAGACGCGGCCCAUCAAACAGCAAGCGGUGUACGAAAUCAUCGACGGGCCCCUGGAGGCACGAACCGAGAGACCCGAGCUCCGAGCGGCCAAGCUCCCAGGCUCAGCACAGUCUGAUCCAAAGCCGGCGAGCUUGUUGAGGCGAGAGAAAGUGGAGGGGAGGCUCGAGCAGGCGCAGACAAAAGCUGAGCAAAGCGAGGUGAAGCAGGAGCAGCAGAGAGAGCGCCGCGAGUCUCUGAGCGAGCAUCGGGAGCUGGAACAGGAGGAUGCAGGAGUUGCUGGGGACAGGAGGACCACUUUGGCUGACAUUGUAGAGCAACUUCAGGAGAAAGAGGCACAGGGACGGGACUCAUCACUGUCUGUUGGCCUGCCAAAUGGAAUUGAGAAACUGCCAGAGAGAACCCCUCGACCGGACAGACCGAGAGCGAGGGACAGACCCAAGCCCAGGAGGAGACCUCGGCCGAAGGACCCGAACCAGCCGAUUGGAGAACCGCGCCGGUCCCGCUCUGCACCAUCUCCCCAGAACAGUGCUGCAGCGCCACCACCAGUUACACACACAGCAGAGCAGGAAGGGCUCCUCGCUCGAAAACAUGAAUUGGAGGGUCCCAAUAAAAAAUCAUCCAGCAG